CCCGGGCUUCUCCCAGACACCGCGGUCGUCUUUCCCGGCCCCGAGGAGUAUCCAUAAGGAGAGCUUUGCCUCCUUGAAAAUUAAAGCCUAGUGGUUCUGAGCUAUUCCCAAUCCAAAUGUCUGCAAAAUUGAAACAGUCAUCAUCACUCCUUUCACACACUUCAGAAGAGCCUGACAGCAUUCUGGUAGUGAAGAUGGAAAAGACAAAGGAGGCCUGUAAUCUGGAAUCCAGCCUCCACUGGAGAAGCUACUAUUGCCCAGAGACUUUCCGCCAGCGGUUUAGGCAGUUUGGCUACCAAGAGUCACCUGGGCCCCGGGAGGCUCUGAACCGGCUCCGGGAGCUUUGCUGUCAGUGGCUGCGGCCUGAGGUGUACACCAAGAAGCAGAUCCUGGAGUUGCUGGUGCUGGAGCAGUUCCUGGCCAUCCUGCCAAAGGAGCUGCAGGCCUGGCUGCGAGAGCACCGACCAGAGAAUGGAGAGGAAGCUGUGACUAUGUUGGAGGAGCUGGAAAAAGAGCUUGAUGGACCGACUGAGCAGCCUCAGGUAACCUGUUUCCAGAUCUCUGGACAGAAUGAGGACAUGCUUGCAGAGAAGCUAGCACCUUGGGAAAUCACUACGGAGUCACCAAGUGGCCAGCUCAAGCCUGCGAAGCAGCAGCUACAGUGUACAUCCAUGGAGCUUCAGUCCUCAAGACAAAAUGAUAAAGACAUCAGAACUAUAAAUGUGAAAUCAGCUUCAAGGCAAAAGACUUCUUCAGGCACAGAACUGCAUUACGAUGUUUCCAACACUGUUCAUAUGAAUACUUCUCCCAGUUUCACAUCUAGAGGAACCUGUGAACAAGAUGGCAGGUUUGAAAGAAGACAUAGAAACCCUUCUCGAAAAAAACAACACAAGUGUGAUGAAUGUGGCAAAACCUUUAGUCGGAGCACAGCUGUUAUCCUACAUCAGAGAAUCCACAGUGGAGAGAAGCCAUAUGCAUGUGAUGUGUGUGCAAAGGCUUUCAGCCGAAAUGCAGCCCUAAUUCAGCAUCGAAGAAUCCACACUGGGGAAAAACCCUACAAGUGUCCUGAAUGUGGGAAAGCCUUUAGUAAGAACUCGAAUCUUUUUAGACAUAGGAAAAGUCACACACGGGGUGGCCGGUUGGCUCAGUUGGUUAGAGUGCAGUGCUCAUAACACCGAGGUCGCUGGUUCGAUUCCCACAUGGGCCAGUGAGCUACACCCUCCACAACUAGAUUGAAAAGUGACCUGACUUGGAGCUGAUGGGUCCUGGAAGAACACACUGUUCCCCAAUAUUCCCCCAUAAAAAAUAGAAAAAAGAAAAAGUCACACUAGAGGAAAAAGUCCCAUCAGUAUCGUGAGGGAAUCAAAGCAUUCACUCAGAACUUUUUCAACAGAGGAAGAAGACACAAAACACAAACACCUUCUUAGUAUUGAUCAGUGGUUUUAAUGGGCACCAGUUUCCUUUCAAAAGUCAUAAAAGCCACAGGAAAGAAUAUGGACUCUUAUGUCAGCAUUACUUGCCUUUCUGCUUACCAGUACAGUGUCAGUUCAGAUGUUUGAGGUGCUAAAGCUUAAUUCAGAUUUCCAUCCUUAGGGUAGCUCUUGAAAACACAUUCUCAGAUAUGUUCUAUUUCCACUGUUAACACAAAUAAUGAAAUAGUACCUUUGACCCUUGGACAACAUGACAAGAGACAUCCCAUGGCAAGAGACAUCCCUGACCCUCCUUACGGCUAUGGUUUUUAUUAGUUAAGCUUUUUAAUAUGGGAAUAAGGAGGAAUAUUAUUAGUUC